CCCGAGCCCCCAGGAGAUCAACUGUGGCUCUGGGGCACCUCUCAGGGAGAGAAGGGAGCUGAAGCGGCCGGCUCCAAAGCUUGAGGAGGAGACAAAAGCCUUGGCGGAGGAAGAGAGGCAGAAGGAGAAAGAGAAGCAGAAGAAAGAAAAGAAGGGUGUCUCUGUGGGGAAGGAACCUCCAAAAGCAGAGAAGGGGAAAACCAAACCCCCAGAGAAGAAGGAAAGCAAGGCCCCAGAGAAGAAGGACACCAAAAUCCCAGAUCGGAUGGAAACCAAAGUCCCAGACAAGAUAGAAACCAAACUCCCAGAAAAGAAAAACAAACAUCCAGAAAAGAAGGAAACUAAAUUCCCAGAGAGGAAGGAAAGCAAGGCCCCAGAGAAGAAGGACACCAAAGCAUUAUUAGAGAAGAAGGAAACUAAAUUCCCAGAGAAGAAGGAAACCAAAGCUCCAGAGAAGAUUGAAAACAAACUCCCAGAAAAGAAAUACAAACCUCCAGAAAAGAGGGAAUCCAAAUUCCCAGAGAAGAAGGAAACCAAAGCUCCAGAGAAGAUUGAAAACAAACUCCCAGAAAAGAAAUACAAACCUCCAGAUAAGAGGGAAUCCAAAUUCCCAGAGAAGAAGGAAACCAAAGCUCCAGUGAAGAUUGAAAACAAACUCCCAGAAAAGAAAUACAAACCUCCAGAUAAGAGGGAAUCCAAAUUCCUGGAGAAGAAGGAAAGCAAAGCACCAGAGAGGAAGGAAUUGAAAAUCCUAAAGAAGGAAACCAAAUCUCCAGAGAAGAGAAGCAAAGCUCCAGAAAAGAAGGAAACCAAAUGCCCAGAGAGGAAGGAAAUCAAAAUCCCAGAGAAGGAAACCAAGGCACCAAAACAGAAGGAACCCAAAGCCCCAAAGAAGGGGGAAGCCAAAGUGCCAGAGAAGAGAGAGACCAAAGCCCCAAAGAAGAAGGAACCCAAAGCCCCAAAGAAGGGGGAAGCCAAAGCCUGAAAGAAGGGAGGAACCAAAAUCCCAAAGAACCCAGCUGAGCUGGAGAAGAACUCUUUAUUUUAUUCACACAACUUAUUUUAUACAGUUUGACAAACCUAAUGUGCCACUUUAGUUAGUUAAUAGAUUUCUUAUUAUUAG